AGUCACACUAACUUUCUUUUAGCGUAACCACAUUAUUUUUUCGUUUGUUCUCGUUCACGGGCGCACACGUAUCGUUGGGUAUUCUCAAGAUGAGUAGAAUAUCGUUGGCGUUGCCGCUGCUGUGCGCGGUCGCGUUGGGGGCGACAAGCGCGAUCCCUUACUCCAAAAUCUCGGACGGCGCGCAAUUCGGGGAUGAUUUUGUAUCGCAAAAGUCAUCCGCGAGUGCGCCAAGCGGGAGUUACGGACACGCUUACAGCCAAAGCGCCGACACUCGCAGCGCGAGCUCGAGCUACUCGUCAGCGUCCGUCAGCGGAGCGGUCCCUGCUUAUACUUAUGGAGGGCAGGAUGCGUCCGCGGCGGGUCAAUUCCAGGCUCAGGUCAGCUCGAACGGCGAUAAAGGAGCGUUGCCCUUCUGGUGGAUGGGAUCGGAUAGUCCUUUCUUACAGGCAGGCAAACAGUCCUCGGGUGGUUGCACGUCGAACGGUUGUUUGGCCUCGACGACUUAUCAAUCGAGCGGGUUGAGCGCGAGCGAGCACCAGGAGGCCAAAAUGAAAUCGAAUCCUUUCUUGCAAGGCCUCGGAGCUGGCCAACAGAACACCGCGAGUUCCGGAGCAUCGGCCAAUUCGUUGCAGCAAGAAUCGGGCUACGGUGCAUCGAAAAAGCCGUUCUUGAACGGAGCUUCCUCGCACAAUCGCGUCUCGGGAGCCGCCUCGUAUCAGGACUCGAGCUUCUCCGCCGGUUACGCUCAACAAUCCCAACAGGCUUCCGGUAGCGCUGGAAAUCCUUUCCUCCAGCAACAAGUGCCCCAAGUUAGCCAGACCGGUGAAUCACAGUUUCCAGGAUACCCGGAAUCAGAGGUUCCCGUUCCCCAGCUGCCGGAGCAAAACAGCUUCAAGCUUACCUGCACCGGACAAAAUCAAAUUUGCGUACCGUUCCAUCUCUGCUCGUACGAAGGUUACGUCACUGGCAAGGGGCUCACCCAAGUACGAUCAGGGCCUCAAGAGUGCGAUACUAACCGAGAGACUUGCUGCACGAUCAAACCAGCGGACCAAGCGAGCGCCGGUUCAUCCGGCGGCGGAAUCUUUGGUCCCGGAAACGGAAACGGUAAUCAGCCUGAUUUGUCAACAGGCGAGAUCAGUCACGCCGGUGGAGCCGAAUCAAACGGUUAUUUGCCACCGAUAGGCGGCUCGUCCUCCGAUCGCGUGACCUCGAUCACGAAUCUCCCCAAGGAACCGGAACAGGAAGGUGCAUCGAAUAUCCCUACUAACAUUAUCCCGUUUGUGGACUCGCCUCCGCCGCAAGUCGGUUGCGCAGCGGCAUUGCGUUGCAUCGAAGAACUAUUCUGUACGUUGGAAGGUGUGAUUUCGACGGAACGGCAAACGUUUUCGAGCGAGCAACUCAUCAGACGCGUGCCUCUGAGCAGCUGUAAAAACCCCGACAACGGGAUAAUCGGCAAGUGUUGUCGCGAUCCGAACUACGUUGAUCCGUGGCCAGCGGGUAACUUGCCUGCCAAUUAUUCCGGAGGUUUCGACGAGCAAGGAUUCCCAACUAUUUUGAAUCUGUCGAAGACCCGACCGACGAAAAAACGACCGAAUAACGGUGGAGCUGGCAAUGGACCGAGACCGGUAAUCUCGACGAGUUAUACGUCGCCCGUUGGAGUUAAAAUAUCCUCGAAGCCAUCGCCCAUCGGAGUCAAAACGUCUCCGAAACCAUCGCCAACCGUAUUUGUACAAAAUAAUUAUCCCCAACCGACCCCGAUCGCUCAAGCUCCCUACGAAGGACCGGUCAAGUCCGCGAGGCCUUUCGUCCCCCAUCAAGUGUCAAAGCCUUUUGCGCCGCAGCAGCCAGUCCCGCAGCCUUUCGUGCCCCAGCAGCCAGCCCCGCAGCCUUUCGUGCCCCAGCAGCCAGCUCCGCAACCUUUCGUGCCCCAGCAGCCAGCUCCGCAACCUUUCGUGCCCCAGCAGCCAGCUCCGCAACCUUUCGUGCCCCAGCAGUCAGUUCCGCAACCUUUCGUGCCCCAGCAGCCAGCUCCGCAACCUUAUGUGAAAAAUAAUUUCAUUCCCUCAUCGACCAAUCAAAAUCCCUCGAUUAUCCCUACUUAUGCUCCCGGAAGUCAAUGCGGAAGGAGAAAUGUCGUUCCACGUCCCAACGGUUUGACCGACGUCGACGUCGCUUUCGGCGAGAUCCCAUGGCAAGCGAUGGUUCUCUCGAACACCGAUAGGAAACUCCUCUGUUCCGGAGCCAUCGUCGCACCCAACGCUGUUAUCACCGCAGCAAGUUGCGUUCAAGGACUGAACCCUGCAACAGUGUCGGUCAAAGUGGGCGAAUGGAAAUUGGGUUACGAGCUCAAGCACGAGGAACCCUUGCCAUUUGAGAUACUAAACGUCGUCUCGAUCGCUCCUUACCAGGCUCCUUUCCAAUCCGCAAAUUCAGGCAACGAAAUCGCCAUGCUGUUUCUCGAACGCGACAUGAAAUUGGACCAACACGUGGAUGUGCUGUGCUUGCCCGAGGGUCAGCCACGGCCACCACAACCGGGAAGAAAGUGCAUCGCUACCGGAUGGGGAAAAGUUAUUCUUGAAGUUCACGCCGCUGGUGCCUUGAUGCACAGCAUCGACGUUGACGUAUUGGGCCAAGAACAGUGUCUCGAGAGAAUUUCAGCCGCGGAGAAUCAAAUUCCCUUAGACGACAGCCUGUUCUGUGCUAAAGCUCACCGGAAGAACAACAACAUGUGCCAAGUGGACUUUGGCGGUCCUUUGGCUUGCGACAGAGGCGAUGGCUUCUUCGAACUUGCUGGAAUUUACAACCAGGAUACCGGAUGCCUGCCUUUGAAUCAGGUCGCGACUUUCUCGAAAAUUCCGUCUCGAUGGAUUGAGAACACGAUGGCAAAUCCACCCAAGUAUCCAAACAACGAGUAUUUGUCGCCGGUCAGCAGUGGACAGAACCCAUUCGUGCACAGCCACGGUCCGAAAGUGCCUUGCGAAUGCGAAGAUCACGAACUCUUGCCAGCGGGUUCCAGUCAAUACUUGCCGCCAGUUUAAGCCGGUAAAAUAUCACAAUUGCGCGUAAAAAACCAACAAAACCUACGAAUUAAAGAAGAAAAGAAAAGAAAAGAAAAGAAAAAAAAAACACGAACAAGCCUACUUCUUAUUUUUUGUAUAUCUUUUUUGACGAGACCGAGGGCUAGAAAACAAAUAACCGACCUGAUCGCACAUGCAAAUCCGUUGGUCAGAGUAUCGCGAAAAAAAAACUAGUAUGUAAAUGUGCAACAAACUCAAAUGAUUCGGGAACAUAGUUUCCGCGACGAAUCGCCAACUUUUCCUUAUUUAAGAAAAUCUUAUCUCCUCCCUAUCUCUUUCUAUAUAUAGAUAUAUUAUAUUAUAUGCGUACAUAAAAUAUUCGUUAUGAAAACAAAUCGGAACUUUUGUCACACGAGAAACUCCACGCCAUUUAUUAAUCCGAAAACAUAUCGUUUUUCCUUUGUACACGAAAGCCAAAAACAGAUCAAUCUUCGGAUACGAAAAAGAAAAAUGAGCGAACCGAUAUACGGUUUUGUGUGUAAAUUCAAUUUAUAUUGUCAUUACCGUAUAAAUAUAAUGAACAUAACUGUGAUAAGAAUUAAUUGUUCCGAAUAAUGAGCGUUUUCGAAAUACACGAGUUUCUUUUCUCA